AUGGAAAAGGUUUGGCGCCGAGUUGGUCUCCAUUCCUCCCGAAAGAAAAGGGAUGGAAGUGGAACUAGCAGAGAAGUGACGUCAUCUGCUCCACCAGAGGCUGAGUAUCAAAAUAUUCAUACACUAAGAACAGCUGAUUUAAUUCGACAGCGUCAAGGCGAGGAAAAAUCAACUCUUCGGUCUUCUUAUAUAAUAAGAAACGGUGAUAACUUCAUAUUAGUGGAAAGAAGACGACGACGACGUCGAAGGAGUGGUACCAGGGCAUCAUCAGGAGGAAGGCAUCAUACUCCGCCGGUAGAGGAAAAUGCUCGUUCAGAGCAAAAGCGACGUCCUCCAGCAAAAUUAAAGAUUUUCGGAAUACAAUGGCCACUACAUUCUAGUGAUACGAGGCACACUUCGAUCACUCGAAGGUUCUGCCGCGGGCGGCGUUCCCGUGACGACAACGAACUCUACCGUUCAAACAGCUUCAAGUUUGAGCGAUUCACUAGGGAGCCGGCGGCGGAUGAAUUUACAUCAAGCUCACAGGUAAGCCUGUCUGUUACAUAUCAAUUAAAGGUUAAAAUUUUAGUAGGAGAAAUUUAA